AUGUUUUUUAAGGAUGUUACGAAAAGGUUGUGUGUAAUUAACAGGUUAAUUAAAGCGAAAGGCAUAAAAACAUCUAGCAAAUUGCAUAGUGAAUACUUUAUUUUUAAUUUUGAAAAUGUCGAAAAUUUAAAAAAAUUAAAAGAGACUAAUGUAGAGUCUUCGCCACAUAUAGAAGCAAAACAAAUAAAAAGAAACGAAUAUUUUGAAAAAAGUUUGGAUAAAAAUAAAUUAAAAAAAACAAGAAAAGUGUUAUCAAUAAUAUUUAAGAAAUUAAAAAUUUAUGAAAAAACAACUUUGAACAAGUCUUUUUUUAUACUUUAUAAAAAUAUUGAUUACCUGUCCAUAGCUGAAGUUAUUAGCAUUUUGUACUUGGCUGUAAAAAAUAAAAUAUAUCAUAAAUUGAACGAACAGAAAAGAAAAGAUGAAGACAAUCAUUUAUUUAAUACAAGUAACAGUAUAGCAAAUAAGAAUUUAAAUAAUGACAACUAUGAAGAUAUCUCGGAUCACAUUGGAAUUUACACGAAUGAAUUAAAGGAAGAAAAUGUAAAUUACAUGGCGGAAGAAAAAGGUUUUAAAUAUUACAAUGACAGCAACUUGAAAAAAGGGGCACCCUCAUUAUUCACUACUAAGUGUGUGCAUAAGGACGAUACAAAUUGCAGUGAAACUGUAUCGAGAAAUAGCUUUUCUGGUGUUACAAAUAAGGACCAUACCGUUAUGAACUACACCAAUUAUGGUGAAUACAAAGAGAAAGCGGCGGAAGAAGGAAUAGAAGCACAGGAAAUGGACGAUGAAGAAGGGAUGGAAUCAGAAAUAACAGAAACAGCGGAAGAGGAGCUGAGCACUAGGAGAUGUUCACACGUGCACAACUAUACACAUAUUAAGCAAAGGGAAGUGGACUACGUGCGUAAGUUGCUGAUCAGGCUAAUGAACACGUUGAAGAGAAGCAGAAGUAACACGAAUCUCUUGCUAUGGGACUUUUACAAAUUAUCGUAUUGCCUAAGUUAUUAUAAAAUGAAUGAUAGUACUAAUUUUAUAUCUCUAUAUUUGUGUUCAUUUUUAAAAAGAGAAAUUGACAACAUACAUGAAAAUACUAACAAAUGUGAGAUAAGGAAUUCUGCAGGAUUGGACAUGCUUCUACAUUUACUAGUGAUACAAAAGAAGAAUUUAAAAUGUUAUUUUUUUAAUGUGCUGUAUGACUACUUAUUUUCCGUAUUAAAAAAUGGUUUGUUUAGUUUAUCAUGUAAGAAUAUUUGUUUAUUAUUACAUGUAAAUAAUUUUGAAAUAAAUAAAUAUGAUAAUUUUUUUUUUUUACUUAUCAACAAAACAAAAGAAAUGAAAAGACAAAUAACAUUAAAAGAUGUAAACUACUUACUCUUUUAUCAAAUCAAAAAUAACAUAAUACUUGACAUACCCUCGCUUCACCAUAUUUUAGUUGAUAAGUGCAUUACUAGUUAUGGAGUUAAUUCAGAGAUUAUACAAAAUAUAGGCUUGCUAUCCCUGUUAUUGUUACAUUAUGACUAUUCAAAAAGGUAUUCAAAUGAUACAUAUGAGAAAUAUGUACAAGUAAUAUAUAAUAUGUAUUCCUACUUAAUGAAGAAUAUGAAAAUAUUUUUAGAAAAUAGAAAAAUGAAUGAAGAAAUUUUGAAUAUACAUUUUUUAACUUCCUUUUCCUUAGCUUUAUCCCUUAUUCGGAACAAUCUUUACCUUAAUACACAAUUUUAUUUAUUUCUUUUUUAUCUUAUAAAUAAUUACAUACCCCCUUCAAACAGUAGUGAUUAUAUAAUCUUGCUAAAUUUUUUAUAUUUUUGCAAUUUUAAAAACGAGUUGUACUAUAAGAGAGAUCCUCUAUAUACUGAAGGAAGCACAUCCGUGUACAUACGCAAUAACAACAGUGGUAUUGACACUCGGAGAUAUAUUUUAUUCAACUGCAUUCAGUUGUCUCAUUAUAUUUGUGAAAAUUUAAAAAGCAUUUAUUCUUAUGAAGAUACAAAAAACAGGCAAUACUGUUUGUUAGGAAAGAGUAAAAGUAAAACAGUUAAAAUUAUAGAAUCGAUAAAUAAGUGUGCAGGUACGAAGAAUUCGGGCAUCAGUUCAAAUCAAUUUCGUCCAUAUAAUGACACAACUUAUACAAGUGCUAAUAUGAUUUAUCCAUGUGGUGCAGAAGUGGCAGCAGAAGCAGACGUAGUAGCAGAAAUAGAACCGCAUACACAGGAGGACGAAACUUCUAGCCAUAGCAACAUACUAGCAAAUGCCCUCGAAAUAACACUAAACGCAGAAGGUAUAAAUAAACAAGUAGAUGUCAAAAAAAAUAAGAGUUAUUACAUGAAUGUUCUGGACUUACUAAUAUCACUGAAAAAUAAUAGUUCUGAUAGGAACUUUUACAUAUAUUUAUUAAACCUAUUUCAUAACAAUAUAUUUAAGUACAACAUACAUAUAUUCGACCUAGAUAAAAUACUUUUUACAUAUAGUCUGUUAAACCUGAGAAAAGAGGAUAUUUCUCUAAAUAUUUUAGAUCUAUUAGAAAAAGUAAAAAAGAAUAUUAUGUAUAAUAAUAAUCAUUUUCUGGAUGAAGAACGUUACCUUUUUGAUUCCUUGUGUAGUAUAUUACUAUCCGUUGCAGAAUUAAAUUUAUGUAAAGUAAUUGAUCUAGCAAUAUUUGAAAAAAAGAUACUAGCAAAUAUAAAUCAUGUGAACGUAAGCUCCAUACUCCUAUUGUUACAAUAUUAUCUUUUGAGGGGGAACAACACAUCUUUAAACAUAAAUAUAAUUACAACCCUUGUUCUCAUUUAUAUCAAGAAAAAGUAUAUCAUUUCGCAGCAAAAUAUAAACAAAGGUCUAUUGUCUUUAUUAGAUGAAGAUGAGUUAAAAGAAGAUAAAAAUUACCAUUUUAUGAAACUAUAUUUACAGGAAGGUGAUAUUCGUUAUGAGCAUGGGGAAGACAAGGAUAAAAAUAAUGACAAAAAGAAUGAGUCGUAUGAAGAUAGUAGUGAUAACCUUUAUAACGUAAUAAGCACCGAGAUGGAUGAAGUGCUUCCAGAAGAGAACAAAAAAUAUAGCAGUUACUUUUCUUUUACAAAAAUGAACCAAGAUGAUUCGUAUGAAUUUCUGAUACUUAGAUUUGUUUUCAUUAAUAUUGGUAUUCAUUCUAAUUUAUUUCAUGAUAACUUCAAAUAUUAUCAUGCAAUGGAAGGAAAAACUUGUAGAAAUGUAUUAAGCAAUUUUAAUAAGAUUAUAUUACACCUUAAAAAUAAUUUCGCAGAUAUAUUAAACAUAUGCCUAACAGAUGAUAGACAAUCCCUUCAUGAUAAUAAUUAUUAUGCAUCGUCAACAGAUUACAUAUCAUUUGAACAGAAUAAUAAACAUGAAAAAUGGGAAGAAAAAAAUAUUCCAAAAAAAAAAAGCUCCUCCCAUUUCCACCCCCCUGAGAGGGAAAAUGAACAAAUAGACAAUAAACAUAACAUAAUGAGUAGGAAAAACUUUGUUUUAUUAAUAAAUUAUUUUUUAUUUAUUUUUAAUCAUGAUUUGAGUAUCAUUAUUAAAGAUAAAAAUUUUAUAGAGAGCAUAAUGCUGCAACAUUUAUUUGUUAAGAAAUUUAAAAGUUCCUAUUACAAUUAUAAAUAUUCAUUUAUAUAUCGCAAAUUAGUAUUUUCUGUGAUAUAUAAUAUAAACAAAAGGAACUGCAUAAAAAUGAACACUACGUUGGAUUGUGAAACUGAUAGUAGUAGUAAUAACAGAAGUAGUGAUAGCAGUAGCAGUAGUAAAAGUAGCAGUAACAGUAGCAGUAACAGUAGCAGUAACAGUAGCAGUAACAGUAGCAGUAGUAGCAGUAGUAGCAGUAGUAGCAGUAGUAGCAGUAGUAGCAGUAGCAGCAGUAGUAGCAGUAGCAGCAGUAGCAGCAGUAGCAGCAGUAGCAGCAGUAGCAGCAUUGCCAACCGAGGCAAUUACAGGGAAGUAAUAAAUUUUAACGAGUAUGUCGACGUGAUCAGAUAUUUCAAUCGUUUGUGCGUGGAGAAAAAAUUAAAAAAUAAUGCUUUUUAUAAUUAUUUAAAAAGGAACAAUAUAAAUAUUUAUAACAAUGAAGGAGUGAAUUAUGAUUUAAUAUACAAUGGACAUAUUAUCCAAGAUUUACGUAAUAACGAAAUUGAAAACAUAUAUAUAAAUGUCCCUUUUUUUAAUUAUAUUAUACCUAUGCUUAUAAAAACAAAAGAUACAAGUGUGGCUGUCCAAGUAUUAUUUGAUGCUUUUGAAAAUAUAGACACAUUUACAGUUCUAUUUGAUGUUAUGAAAUGUUUUUUAAAAAAUUAUAACUACGAUAUUAUUCUUAUGAAAAGGCAAAAUACGAAAAAAACUGUAUAA